AUGGUGCGUCGUUUGCAGCGCGCCCGUCCAGGCCGGGGCGGCGGAACGCGUCGCUCGCAACCCAGACGAGGACAUGACGACAAUGAGAUCCCAGAGGCUUACUUGGAGAUGCUUGUGGAGGCGGAAUCUCGAGAUUCAACUUCUCUAGAAACAGAUCGGCCCAUCAAACGGAGGAAAGUGGGCGAGCGUGUGAGACCGGCCGCCUUGACCGCACCAUUAUUAGAUGACACCCCUACGACGAAUGCUCAAAUUGUAUCUCUGCCGGACGAAUCGGGCUCGGAUGAUGAAACUAGACAGGUUCAAACUGCUUACGAUUCUACGGCGUCUGAGGAGGACUCGGACGAAGAGGAGAUGGACUGGGAAGAGGUUGACAUCCAACAAGCACCAAUUCCAGUCGCCGCCUCUUCAGAUGAGUACUUCCAGCCGGCAGGGAGUGGCAGGACCGGCGAUGAAUCCCUUCAGAUCACGCUGGAAAAGCCAUCAACCGCUAGGAAAGCUGCUGUCCCCAGACGGAGGCCACUUUCUGCGGCAGAGAAGAAGCUACGCCUGGAAAUCCACAAAGUCCACCUGCUGUGUCUUCUGAGCCAUGUCAAUCGUCGAAAUAUCUGGUGCAAUGAUGAAGAAGUUCAGGGUUUCUUGAAACAAAUGCUCCCAAAGCAGAUAAUUUCCUUGUUGAACCCUCCAGAGAAUCGCCCGCAGCCUUCAAGAUCUGCCGUCUUCAUCGAUGGUCUUAACCAGGCUGCUGAUGUCUUUUCAAAGAGAUUCCGAAAGACAAUGCCCGGUCUGAAAAGACCCCAUUGGCAGGAUGAGCCCGAGGCUGUACAGGAUAGAGCGAAAUCAAUCAUGUCCGAUGCAGAAGUCUUUCUCUCGAGGGAUGACUUCCGCAAACAAGCAAAAUCUUUACGAGGCUCGCGGGACUUUGGAGCACAGUUAUUCUGUGCCCUGCUGCGUUCUGUAGCGGUAGAAGCCAGGCUGGUCUGCUCAUUACAGCCAUUGACAUUUUCCGGUGCCAUCAAGAAUACGACGACGCCCAAGAAACAGCGGUCUUCAUAUAUAGUCAUUUCCUCCGAUGAAAGCCAUGAAACUUCCUCAUCCGAGAAACAAUCACCAUUGCCGACAAGACGCCUGGGUCGUCCGCAGUUUACCUCGAAGCGGCCUUUGCAGGCUUCAUCUCGGCUGGAUCGCCCUCCCCGCUUAUCAGAAUCUUCCUACCCUGUCUUCUGGGUGGAGGCGUUCAAUGAAGUGGUACAGAAAUGGAUUCCCAUCGAUCCACUGGUGACGAUGUCUCUUGCAAAACCUUCAAAAUUCGAACCCCCGGCCAGUGAUCCGCACAAUCAGAUGAGCUACGUCGUUGCGUUUGAAGAUGACGGCUCAGCCCGUGACGUGACGAGACGGUACGCGAAAGCAUUCAACGCCAAGACGCGCAAGCUCAGAGUGGAAUCUACGAGAAACGGGGAGAUGUGGUGGACACGCACGUUACGAGCGUUCGAGAAACCAUUCCUAGAAGACCGCGACGAGAUAGAAGUGAGCGAACUGACUGCCAGAACCGCGGCGGAACCUAUGCCUCGCAACGUCCAAGAUUUCAAAGACCACCCGGUCUAUGCCCUCGACCGACAUCUACGACGAAACCAGGUCGUUCAUCCGAAACGGGUGAUUGGUCAGGUUAGUUUAGGUAAAUCUGGGAUGAAGAACGAAGUCCUGGAACCCGUUUACCGGCGCUCAGAUGUCCAUAACCUCCGGAGCGCGGAUGGAUGGUACCGUCUGGGCCGAGACAUCAAGUUAGGCGAGCAGGCCUUGAAACGGGUACGGCCCAGCCGGAACAGGGUUGCUGAAACCACGGACGGUGAGGGUGGUGACGAUCCGGUCGAGAUGACGCCACUCUAUGCAUCAUUCCAAACGGAGGUUUAUCAACCCCCACCGGUGAUCAAGGGUCGGAUCCCGAAAAAUGGGUACGGAAAUUUGGACGUCUAUGUGCCUAGCAUGGUUCCCCCUGGUGGAGUCCAUGUAAAACAUCUCGAAGCGAGACAAGCGGCCAGAAUCCUGGGGAUCGACUACGCGGACGCCGUGACUGGCUUUAAUUUCAAAGGGCGCCACGGAACAGCCGUCUUUGAGGGAGUAGUCAUCGCAGCAGAGUACCUUGAAGCCGUCCAGGAGGUGCUCAGAGGUCUCGAGCAUGAAAGAGUCCACGCUGAGCUCGAGUUGAGGUCUGCUGCAGCGCUUCAAAUGUGGAAGCACCUCUUACUCCGCCUACGAAUUGCGGAGAGGGUAAAGGGGUAUGCCGUCGAAGGUGAAGACGAAGAAAACAUCAGUGAUGCUGUGGAUGAAGCCGGUGCCGAGGAAGAUGCAGAUGAGGAUGUUGAGGUAGCCGGCGGGGGAUUUCUACUGGAAUCUCAUAUUGAAGAGGCAUCUGGUGGAGGUUUCCUACCGGAACCCCUUGACCGUGACAGCGGCGGUGUUUUAUCGAGUGGACUAGUCCAUGAAACGCAGUCUUCCCGACAUAGCCACCCUCCGGACGAAGACGAGGAUGAUUUUGGAGGAGGUUUCAUUCCAGAAGACGAAUCUGUGCAGUCGGCUUCAAUCAUUCAGCCUCUACCGCCCAUCCCUCCGCAGUCCACACUUCGCAGGGAACAAGCGGACAACCAACCGCGCUAUUCCCUUGUUGUGGUUCCCAACGAGCAACCGAACCACUCCAGCGGGUCUGAACUCCACCACGCAAAGCCCAGCACUCCCUCUGUUGAAAGCCCUGACCCUGGCCCACAGGUCGACCCGCCUACGAGGGACACGGUCGACGGGUCCUCUGAAGUGCCCAUCGUUGUCAGCUCGUCGGUCGGGGGUGACUCCAAGUCUGUAAGUCUAGAGGUUGUAUCUCGCAGCCCACCAGGAAUGCACUCGCCGGUCGACGAUGUCGAAGAACCCGGCAGCCAGGUGGACGAGGUGUCUUUGCUCUCGGAGGACCCGGACGAUGAAGACGCCAUUCCUGAAUGGCUGAUGUCUGACUGA